AUGGCUGCCGAAAUCGAGAACAGGGGACCGCCGCUCUUUGCCAUCGAUGUCUUCUUUAUGACACUGGCUAUUAUUACCAGUCUCCUCAGGUUCUAUACUCGUAUCUUCAUGGUCAAGGCUUUUGGAAUCGAUGACUGGUUCAUGCUGAUUGCCACGAUCGCUUUUACUUUGUUUGCUUCGUUUUCGAUAGCUGGUGUCCACUAUGGAACUGGCAGGCAUUUUGCCGACCUUGAACUUCACAAUGCAAUAACCGCUAUGAAUUGUUGGUUCUUCUGUUACCUCUUCUACGCCAUGAGCAUGAUCGCUUCGAAACUCUCCAUCGGCUGCUUCCUCCUCCGAAUAACCGUGAAGAAGAUACAUAUCUGGAUUGUCUACGCCGCCAUGUCAUUCUCCGUCCUCGCCGGGUUUGCGUUCUUCCUCGUCACGCUCCUGCAAUGCCAGCCCGUCUCGUACUUCUGGUAUCGAGUGGACCCGACGGCGCCCGGCACCUGUGUCAGCGCCGACGUUAUCAUCGCCCUGGCUGCUCUGUAUAGCGCAUUCAGUGUGAUUUCGGACUUCACAUUCGCUAUACUCCCCGCAUUCCUCCUGUGGGAUCUCCAGAUGAACAGGAGGACCAAGUUCACCAUCAUUCCCAUUCUUGCGAUGGGCUGUAUUGCGAGCUCGGCGGUCGUCGCUCGAUUCCCGUACCUUCACCAGCUCCGUGACACCGACUUCCUCUUCGCGACCGUGGACAUCGCGAUCUGGUCCUGCGUCGAGCAGGGCCUCGCCAUCACGGCCGGGUGCUGCGCCACGCUGCGGCCUCUCCUCAAGGACAUCGGCACCAGGCUGGGCUGGACCAGGCCGAGCGGCGUGUCGGGGGCCACGAGCGGCAUCGGGCAGCACUCGUCGGCCAUGGCCAUCAGCGGCCGCAGCCGCAACCGCGAGCUGUACGACCUCAGCGACUUCUCGCAGAUCGACGACGACCCCGAGGCGAACCGUGCCGGUGGCGACGGUAGCGGCAAGGCCAAGAGGGAUGUGCGGUUCAGCGUCACGGGUUUCGGCAAGGGCGGCAGGGACAGCAUGAAGCUCAAGACCGUGUGUGAGAAGGACGAGAGCCAGGAGGAGCUCCGUGACCAGACGAGCAAGGAGAUUGUUGUCAGCAAGGACUUCUUGGUCUCCAGCGAGUGGAAAUAA